AAAUGUUCCUUAUUGGUAGUUAUUUUUGUUAGGUUAUUCAUAUUGUCGAAAAAUUUUUUUUUUCUAAAUUUUAGAUUACCUUAUAGGGAAAAUAUCACGAUUUUAUUAUUCUUCGUGUAACUUAAAGUGUACAACCAACACAAUAAUGUUUAUUUAAGUUUCAGUUAAAAUUUUUCAUUUUGAUCCGAAAAACACACGUUAAACUAAGUACUCCUUCAGUCAUAAAUUUGCUACUUCCUAUAUUUUCGGUUUGUCAAAAUAACUUACGGGUUAACACUAUGAUGUCAGAUUCAGCGUCCUCACCAUUUGACACGUCUUCUCCUUCUUCGUCAUCGUCUACCCUUGCUACGACUCCCAACCUUACACAUGAUUUAAGACGCUCGUCAUAUUUUUCAACAGCAUGCAAUAAUCCAUAUCCUACCAAGGCUACGGGUGUUUCACUUAGUUGCAGUUGUUUAGUAAAUGCAUCAGUGACAGUUGUUCCUAAUUAUGAUGAUGAUAAACAACCACCAAAUUACGUUUACGUAUUUGGUGGAUUUAAUUUAUAUACUGAUGAAGUUUAUAAUGAUUUAUAUAGGUUAAAUGUAUCUGAAAUGAAAUGGGAAGAUGUGAUUUAUUUAAAAGGUUCACGUCCUUCAAAGAGAACCAAUCACUCUGCUUCUUUGUGGAAUCAAGACAAAAUAAUAAUUUUUGGUGGGACAGAUGAACAGGAUCAAAAUUGUAACGAUGUAGUUAUUUUGGAUUUGAAAACUAUGACUUGGAAACGCCCUGAAGUAGAUGGACAUGUUCCGUUAGGACGUGCAAGGCAUUCAGCUUCCAUAUAUAAUGAUAAACUUUAUAUAGUUGGAGGGUAUUAUACAAAUAGCGAAGAGGAAAGGAAUUCAGUGUCACCUGAUGUUAAUUGUUUAAAUUUGCAAACAUGGACAUGGGAAGAACCAAUUACAUUGAUUCCAAGACAUUCGCACGAUUCGUUUAUUUAUCAGAAUCGCCUUUAUGUAUAUGGAGGUUAUAAUGAGGAAAUGGAUAGGGAAAAAUCACUUGUUAUUCUAGAUCUUCAAACUCAACAAGUUUCAAAGAUAGAGAUUACGAGUGAUUCAGGACCUGAGAUGAACGGUCAACAUUUUGCUCAAAUAUAUUGGAAUCGAUUAGUCGUAGUUGUGACACAGAGUUUGAAAGUUGAAACGCAAGAAGGUUCAAUUGGAGUUUGGGCUUUAGAUUUGGAUUCCUUUCAAUGGCAUCAAAUUGAAGAUGGGGAUCGUUUUGUACAAGGAAAUUGGCAUUAUUUCGCUAUGGCGGAAAAUUGCCCAAGAUUUUUCUUAUUUGGAAUUGAUGAAAAAGAAUCUGAUGAGUAUUUUUCAAAUGUCCUUUCAAUCGAUCUUCAAGAAUAUGGAAUGUCAAAAAUCCCACCCCCAACGAUUGGGUUGGAUUUUGCACAAUUACUGAAUGAUUCCACCACUUCGGACUUUAUCAUUAAAUCUAAUGAAGAUGGUCCUAUCAUUCAUGUUCAUCGAAUUAUCCUACUUGCUAGGUGGCCUCAUUUCGGCAAUAUGAUUAAUUCAGGAAUGACGGAAUCAUUUAAUUCAACUUUAACAAUUCCGGAGCCUUAUGCAAUAGUUCAGGCUUUCGUUUAUUACCUUUAUACAGAUAUUAUCGAACGACAACUUCCAAUUUAUACGGUUGCGGACCUUAUGAUAUUGGGUAAUAUGUAUCUUAUUCCGCGUUUGACAUCACUUUGUUGUGCUCGUCUACAAGAGAAUAUUAGUAUAGAGAAUGUUGCUAAAAUUUAUCAUUGUGCUUCAGUUGCUGGGGCUCAUGCGUUAAAGAAAAGAUCCAUGAGAUAUAUUAACACUAAUUUCGGUCCAGUUUCCAAAACGCAAGGCUUCAGGUCAUUACCAAAAGAGAUUUUGUUUGAUUUCUUGGAUAGUUUACCAGAAAAGGCUAAAAUUAGCGUUGAAUAAGACUAGAAAUAACCCGGUAAGUUUAUUUUAUUAUUAAAAUCGUACAAUAAAAAAAAUUUCAUUUUUAAUAUUUAAUAUUAAAUAGUUUUUUAAAACAAAAAAAAACAAAGAGAUGACGAUUUUAUAAAGAGACUUUAUAUUAGGAAUUAAGGUUCUAAUACUCAAUUUUUUAUUGCGGAUGAAUGGGAUCAUAAUAAUAGAAAACUAUAUAAGAAAUAAUAGAAUUUAGUUUUGCUGGUUUUUUUCGGCCAGGUAUGUUCAUAGUUGUAAAUCUUUUUCACGUCCUAGAGUUUCUUUCUUUGGUAGUGAAUAUUUUUUCCAUAGAUUAAAUCAUUCUUAAAAAAAUAUAAACGGGUUUUUUCUUUCUUUGUAUAAAAUUAUUAAACGAAUAAAAAAAAAUAUACAUAUAUAUGAUAAACGAAAAAUCUGCAAAUACAUGUAAAUUUUAACUAAUAACAAUGUAUU